CGUGUGCUAAUGCCAGAAAAAACUUUUGAUAGACGUCAGUCUAUCACUGCUGUUCACCCUUCAGUUGAAAAGCUUCUUUCAACGAAAACGGUUGAGUUGGUUCCUGUGCGGAGUUCUUAGUGUAAUAGCAACAAUAAACGGCGAAACAACAACAACAUAGCAACACAUCAAACUUGGCAAAAUGUUCUCACGUCCUCUUUUAUAUGGUAAUUUUUCAAAAAUAUGUGCCUCCGCUGCUGCACGCCAACCCCACCAGUCUGUCACACAGCCCACAACAGCCAGCACAGCUGUAGCCAACAACAACACACAAAUUCGCGAAUAUCAUGAAGUGGUCGGUGAUAUUCUGUGCCCCUCCCAAGUGAUGGGUAUCGAUCACAUUCGAGAUCCACGUCUAAAUAAAGGUUUAGCUUUCACCCUCGAAGAACGACAAGUAUUGGGCAUCCAUGGCCUACAGCCUGCCCGUUUCAAAACCCAGGAGGAACAAUUGGAAUUGUGUAAAAUUGCAGUGAACCGCUACAGCGAGUCGUUGAACAAAUACUUGUACUUGAGUGACUUGCAAGAUCGUAAUGAACGCUUGUUCUUCCGUUUUCUCUCGGAGAACAUUGAAGAAAUGAUGCCGAUUAUCUAUACACCCACAGUGGGUUUGGCCUGCCAACGUUUCGGUUUGAUUUAUCGUCGUCCUCGUGGUUUAUUUGUAACAAUUAAUGAUCGUGGUCAUGUCUUUGAUGUCAUCAAGAAUUGGCCCGAACCCGAUGUCCGUGCCAUUGUUGUGACGGACGGUGAACGUAUUCUUGGCUUGGGUGAUUUGGGCGCAUCUGGUAUGGGUAUACCUGUCGGCAAGUUGGCCUUAUACACCGCUUUGGCUGGCAUCAAGCCCCAUCAAUGUUUGCCCAUUUUGAUCGAUGUCGGUACGAACAAUAUUGAUCUUCUCGAAGAUCCCCUCUAUGUUGGUCUGCGUCAAAAACGUGUCGUUGGCCGGGAAUACGAUGAUUUCAUCGAUGAAUUCAUGCAGGCCGUUGUCAAGCGUUACGGUCAAAAUACUUUGAUUCAAUUCGAAGAUUUUGGCAAUCACAAUGCAUUUAGGUUCCUCGAUAAAUAUCGCAAUACUUACUGUACCUUUAACGAUGAUAUUCAGGGUACUGCCUCCGUGGCGGUGGCUGGUUUGUAUGCCAGCAAACGUAUAACCGGUAGAAGUUUUGCCGAGUACACGUUCCUAUUUGCCGGUGCCGGUGAGGCUGCAAUUGGUAUUGCCGAUUUGGUGGUGAAGGCUAUGGUGGCGGAAGGUGUUUCUCUGGAGGAAGCCCGUAGCAAAAUCUGGAUGGUGGAUAUCGAUGGUCUUUUGACAACCACACGUAAAGAUGGCAACCUGGAAGGUCACAAAUUUAACUAUGCCAAAGAAGUUGAACCCAUGAAGAAUUUAGAAGAUAUUGUUGAUAAAAUUAAACCUAAUGUAUUAAUUGGUGCUUCUGCCGCUGCCGGCAUUUUCACUCCUAAAAUCCUACAAACUAUGGCUGCUAACAAUGAACGCCCCGUUGUGUUUGCUUUGUCAAAUCCUACCAGCAAAGCCGAAUGUACUGCCGAACAAGCCUAUCAAAAUACGGAGGGUCGCGUUAUCUUCUCCUCGGGCUCUCCCUUCCCCCCAGUGACGAUUGGCGACAAGACCUUCUAUCCUGGCCAAGGUAACAAUGCCUACAUUUUCCCCGGUGUUGCCCUGGGUGUAAUUGCCACCGGAACACAUCACAUACCCGAUGAUAUGUUCCUUAUUGCCUCCCAAGAACUUGCCAAUUAUGUAUCCGAUGCCGAUUUGGAACGUGGCUCAUUGUAUCCACCUCUGUCGUCGAUUCGAGAGAUUUCAAUGCGUAUUGCUAUGGGUGUUACCAAGUGUGCAUAUGACAAAGGUCUUGCCUCAACUUAUCCCGAACCACAGGACAAACGCAAAUGGUUGGAGGAACAGCUGUACAAUUUCAACUAUGAAAGCUCAUUGCCAGUGACUUGGGUGUGGCCCAGGAUGCCCUACAUUAAGACCCGCGAUGAAAGUCCUCUCUUAGCUGCCAUUAAAUAAAUGUUUUGGCUAACACAACUGCAUCUUUAUUGAAACUAAUCCACACAAAUUCUAGAAAAAAAAAACACCAAUAUAACCAAUUUAGUUGCCAUCUCCUACAACUUUAUCUAUCUUUAACUAUUAUUCUCAAGCGUUUGUUUUUCAAUUACAACACCACCACCACCAACGUACAUAGUUAUCUAUCAACUCCUUUUUGCCAACACAAACAACAACAACACCGCCUAACCGAUUUUUCUUCUCUUCACUUUAACUUGUUCCUAUACUUCUUCUUUGCGGCUUUGGAUACGGUUUCCGAAGCUGUAUACCUAUAAAACAACACAAAAUACUAUUUUAAUUUAACGUAGCUUUAGUUGAUUAACCAAAUUUCAAAAUGAAAUGAAACUGACUAUACAAAAAAAGCUAUUAACAAUAAUUGCCACCUAUUUACAUCAAAGUAUUGUAAUAAUGACAAUGUGUGUAUGUGCGUGCGUGUGAAAGAAAGAAUAUGGGAAUGUAUGUUUUCGAUAAAAUUAAGACCAUAAUUAAUUGGGAUUUGGGGGGAAAGUUAGGUUAUUGGGAUUCAGGGGCGUAUUUUUUAAUAGUUACUAUACCCUCCACCAUUUUAUGGAGGUUAUAUUAACUUUGUCAUUUAAUUUGUAACUCCUCGAAAUAUUUAUAAUAGACCCUACAAAAUAUAUUUAUUCUGGAUCAGCGUUAAAUUAUUAAUGUCAUAUUUAAAGUUCGUUAUGGGUACUACAGCCUAUGACAAACAUUUUUGUAUGCAGGUCCACGUCUUCGUCUAGCCCCCGAUAUUCGGUAUUUUCAUGACUUCAGCGAUAUUAUUUACCGGAAUUAUUUCAAAUUACGUAUUUGAAGUUCAUAACCGUAUAUCUCCCAAAUAACGGUACAUCCCGAUAUAUCGAACUUCUACAUAACUAAAACAUUGUUAAAGGGUCUGCUACCCAAUACAGAUGAUCAGAUCUUCCAGGUUUAGAAAGCCUCCUAUUAAAUUAAGAUUUUUAUAAGACAUAAUAGUUAUAAGAGACCUUAAAACUAUAGAUAGAAGACAUUUGAAAGAAAUUCUAACAAUAAAAUACAUGUAGAAGUUUUCUGUAUGGAAGACCUUUGGAGGAUUUGCUAUUUUUGGAAGACCUUAAUAACAUUUUAAUUUUUUUUUUUAAUUUAACUAAACUUAUAAAAGUUUGUAAAACACUGAAUGCGGCUUUUAUUGACGAGACGUUCCACUGUAACUUUUUAUGAUCGGAUCUACAUGGAAUAAUAUUUUGAGUCGAAUUUUUCAACAAAAAUGUUCAUUUCAAUUUGUUAUUAGAAGAAUUCAUUUAAAAUAUCCAAUGUAUGUAGCCUGACCCUUGGACUAUUAUCCUAAAACCAUUCGGACAAUACGUUAUUUCUUUUCUCUGAAAAUUUCCUUCAUUCAUACAUUAAUUUUAUCGAAAAUAUAUAUUCCCAACAAAAAAACACACAGUGUUGUUAAGCAAGUAACGAUAAACUAAAAACUAAUUAUAUUGUAUGUCAUCUAGUCAAACAUUAGAAGACUUUGAAACAGUAUUUACAUGCAUAGUAUAAAUUUGUGUGGGUUGUUUUUGUAUUAUUAGUUCUAAUAUUUAAUUUUAUUUACUUUAAACAAACAUAUUUUGUAAGCCUAGCUUUCGCCUAGAAAGUAGAAUCUUGCAGAUAAUUGUAAA